AUGAAUGAAAUGGUUGAGUCAGAUAGUGACCAAGAAAUAGCUUGUGCUGCAGCAGCUUAUGUGCUCUUAAGUGGCGACUACUUGAGAAAAAAGACGGAGAAGCGCAAAAGACGUUGGUGGAUGACUUCCUUGAAUAAAAGUCGAAAAAGAUACAGCGCGACUGAUAUGCUGAUUGAUUUAAAACAAGAGCCCUCUGGCAAAUUUGAAAAUUUUUGCCGAAUGUCGGCUACUGAUUUUGAAUCUUUGUUGGGAAAAAUUGGAAAACUUAUUGCAAAGAAAAGUACCAACAUGAGAGAUACUAUUCCGUUUCAAGAAAGGCUUGCAGUUACAUUAAGAUUUUUCGCAACCGGUGACAGUUAUGCCAGCCUGUCUUAUUUAUUUAAAUUUUCAAAACAGACUAUAUCUAGAUGUAUAGAUGAUGUGUGUAAAGCCAUCAUACAAGAGCUGAAAGAAGAAAUAAAGUUGCCAGAAAAUGAAGAUGAGUGUCUGUGCAUAGCACAGCAAUUUGAAAAUCAGUGGAACUUUCCGAACUGUUUGGGAGCGAUUGACGGGAAACACGUUGUGAUACAGUGCCCAAAUAAUACAUCAACAGAGUUUUUUAAGUAUAAAGGGACUUUCAGCGUGGUACUACUGGCACUAGUAGAUGCACGCUAUUGUUUUACGUUUGUGGACAUUGGAUGUCAAGGACGAAUAAGUGAUGGGGGAGUUUUUAAUAAUUCAGUUUUGUUAACGAAAUUGAAAAUGGAACAACUGAAACUUCCGCCCAAUAGAAAAUUGCAGCCAUUAGGUAAAAAUUUGCCUUAUGUCUUCCUUGGCGAUUCAGCAUUCGCCAUAAGUCGUCACAUGAUGAAGCCAUAUCCUGGUAAUUUUGAAAAAGGCAGCACAGAAAGAAUUUUCAAUUACAGGUUAUCUCGUGCACGCCGUGUAGUUGAGAAUGUUUUCGGCAUAAUGGCAUCAGCCUUUCGAGUUUUCAGAAAACCGAUGGCAUUACAACCGGACAAAGUGAGCGAUGUCACUCUAGCGUGUGUCCUUUUACAUAAUUUCAUGCGAAAAAGUGCUUCAUCAACAUCAUCUUAUUCCCCACCGGGUACAUUUGAUAUCGAAGCAGAUGGGGAUGUUGUUUCCGGAUCGUGGAGAAAUGAUCAAAGCGGAAUGACUUCCUUCAUGCCCUUAAAGAAAGCACCUAGAAAAUCGGGACAAGUAGCCAAAGCUACUCGCAACUGCUUUGCUGAGUAUUUCUCAACAAGUGGGAAAUUAUCUUGGCAAGAUAAAUAUUGCUAA